UGUAAUUUUGAUUUCUGGGUUUUGUUUGUUAUGAGAUAUUGAUUCUGGGUUUGUUGUUUUUUGUUGAUUUAUUAUGGAAAUUGAUUGCGUCGACUAUGCCUAAUUGGGUUAAAUAAAGUUUAUGCUUUUACCUUUUUUGUAUCCAUUAAUUGUGAACCAAGGGACUGGUUUAGGUUAAUAAAGAGUUUAUUAUUAACUUUUAAUUGGAGUACAAGGCUGAAUCUCUAAUGAGAUUUUGAUCAGAAGAAAAUCUUUAUGAGAAUUCAAUUGAUUGCAAGAGGGACCGUUUGGGGGUGACAAAGUAAAAUAUAAAUCUUCAAAAUUCUCUUCAAGUAUUUAUGUUAUUUUGUAUCUAUGGUAACUUUACCUCCUCAGAUUCUCUGGCUUGCUUGAUGCUUGGUACUUGAUGGGCAGCUGUGGUUCUUGUGGAUAUGAGUUAAACCUGAGUUCCUCGAGUCGAAUCACCACAACAAUUGGCUCCAAAUACGGAAAAUCUAUAAAGCGAGGGAUUAUAUCAUUCUUCAGUAUAGAUGAGAGCAGAUUUACACAAGUUGAUGAGUUCCAAUGCAUUCCCUACUUUUCAAGGCACUCCUGGAGCUUGUUCCGCCGUAAAACCAAACUCCUUUGCCGCAAGUGUGGCAACCACAUCGGAAAUGCUUAUGAUGACAAAACUUCAGGUUCCGCUCUCGUGUUAGACAAACCCGAUUCAUCCUCUGGUAAUGAAGCUUCUAGCUAUAGAAAAUACAAUGUUAGAAUCCGUGCCCUACAACCUUCGUCGGCUCAGGAACUCGGCACUCCGCUUUUUAUGUGAUUUACUUCGAGUGCUAUGGCCAUCAUAUCGCUUAUGGUAUUCCAAGUGCAUCGUACCAAGUUUUGUGGGGUUGUUUCGAAUCAUUCUCUCUCCUUUUUGUGUUCUUCUUGGAUAUGCUCUUAAUAUUUCAUUGUAACUGUUGUGCAUAAAUUUUGUAUAAUAAGUGAUUUGGAGAGUUCGAAAUGAGUUGAGCAAAGUAUGUGACUACCCCAAGUUUAAAUGUAAUCAUAUUCAUGUAAUAUCUUUGUGAGUUGAAUUAAAUCUAAGUUUUUAAUAC